AUGCCUCCUCGCGCGUAUUCGAAGACCUCUCGUGUCCCCCGCAGACCCUUCGAGGCUGCCCGACUGGACUCGGAGUUGAAGCUUGUCGGAGAGUAUGGCCUGCGCAACAAGCGUGAGGUCUGGCGAGUCGGUCUGACUCUGUCCAAGAUCCGUCGAGCUGCCCGUCAGCUUUUGACCCUCGACGAGAAGGACCCCAAGCGUCUUUUCGAAGGCAAUGCCCUCAUUCGCCGUUUGGUCCGCGUUGGCGUGCUCGACGAGUCGCGCAUGAAGCUCGAUUACGUGCUGGCCCUCAAGAUUGAGGAUUUCCUGGAGCGUCGCCUGCAGACCUGUGUCUACAAGCUCGGCCUCGCCAAGUCCAUCCACCACGCCCGUGUCCUCAUCCGCCAGCGCCACAUCCGCGUUGGCAAGCAGAUUGUCAACGUCCCGUCCUUCAUCGUCCGUCUCGACUCCCAGAAGCACAUCGACUUCGCCCUGAACUCGCCCUUUGGCAGCGGUCGCCCCGGUCGUGUUCGCAGAAAGAAGGCCAAGGCCGCCGAGGGUGGCGCUGAGGGCGAGGAGGAGGAAGACGACGAGUAA